AUGAAGCCAUCAACAAUAACAUCAUCUCCAGUUUACAUCAAGAUUCAUGUUAAUGGUCAACAAACUGAAGCAAUUGUUGAUACAGGAUCCACCAUCUCAAUCAUUCAUUUAAAAUUUCUUAAAACUAUUCAUCACAAAAAUUUUAUUUACAAAAAUCAUACCCGUCAAACAGCGAAUUCAACACCACUUAAUAUAGUCGGUCAGAUUAAAUUAGAAAUAAAAAUCAAAUCAAUAAUGACUUAUGUCGUUGCCCAUGUUGCAACAAAUUUAAUAACAUCAAUUCUUUUAUGA